UCAGAUUCAAUUACUGUACAAGGCUUUAGCGUUCAAAGCUGCUUGGAAAGUUCAAAACAGCUAACUGCUUGUCUUGGUGAUCCUCAACUUUUGUUAUGGCAUUCAAUGAUGUCUUGGAGUCUAUCGGAGGAGUUGGCCGCUUCCAGAUCUCGCAAAUCACCUUCUUGCUGAUCUCCGUCUGUCUCAUUGGUUGCCACAACUUCCUGCAGAACUUCACUGCUGCCGUUCCAGACCACCACUGCAAGCCCUUGCUGCCCACCAACCAGACCUUGCCCUCUAGCUACACCCAAAGCACAGCAGAAGGAGUCUUGCUAAAGGCACCUGUCCCCAUAGGCCAGAAUCGGAAGCCGGAAAAGUGUCUCCAGUUUGCCAUGAGUUGGUGGCACCUAUUGAGCCCAAAUGCGACUGUGGAGGUUGGGGACUCUGCCACACAGGUGCACACCGAACUCUGCACAGGUGGAUGGGUCUAUGAUGUGAGUGUGUUCGAGUCUACCAUUGUGACGGAGUGGAAUUUGGUGUGUGACCUACAGAACCUGAGAGAUGUAGCCCAGUCACUCUACAUGGCUGGUGUGCUGGUUGGGGCUGUUCUGGAGUGGAUGCCCAACAAGGGCCGGACAGUGGCAGGUGCCCUCUUAGGUUAUUUUGUCACCUUUGGGCAGAUCGUCUUGGCAGGAGUUGCAUACGGAGUCAGAAACUGGCGCUGGCUCCAACUCUCCGUCUCAGCACCAUUUUUCAUCAUUUUUGUCUGUUCAUGGAAACUUCCAGAAUCACCACGCUGGCUCCUGCUUCAUAACAAGGCACAGGUAGCAGUCCAGAAUCUGAGGAAAGUUGCAGCAAUAAACGGCAAAAGCAAGGAGGGAGAGAAAAUUAACAAAGAGGUAUUGCAUUCCCACAUGCAGAUGGAAGCUGCAAGUCUGAAAUCCCGGCGCACUGUCUUCGACCUGUUUCGCAGUCCAGUCUUGCGGAGGGUCACCUGCUGCCUCAUGGUUGUUUGGUUUUCCAGUUCCUUUUCUUAUUACGGCUUGGCGAUGGACGUGCAAAAAUUUGGCCUGAACAUCUUUGUGGUGCAGGUGUUGUUUGGGGCAAUCGACCUUCCCGUUGUGCUGCUGUCCACCCUUGCCAUGGUCUUCAUCGGGCGCCGCCUUACCAUGGCCGGCUUCCUAUCCCUCGCUGGGCUCCUGGUGUUUGUCAACAUGUUUGUGCCAGACGGCAAGUUUCGUUCAUUCUAUAUAUUUCUCCUUCCUGCAGAACUGCAAACAUUGCGGACAGUGCAGGCAGCACUAGGGAAAGGGUGCCUCGCCAGUUCCUUUAUUGGUGCAUAUCUGUAUUCUGGGGAGCUCUACCCGACAGAGAUCAGGCAAACAGGCAUGGGAUUUGUGUCCAUGCAAGCUCGUCUCGGAGCCAUGGUUGCGCCCCUGGUCUACGUGCUUAGGGAUUCCUUUCCUGUCCUGCCACCAAUUAUAUUUGGAGCUGCUCCCCUCCUUGCGGGGGUCUCUGCCUGCUUCCUGAUGGAGACAAGACAUUUACCCCUCCUGGAAACCAUCGCAGAGAUGGAACGCAGGUCUAGAACUGUAUCCUCGAUGGAAACAGUAGAAGAAAUUUGCCUCCAGCAAGUAGAGAGAUCUCUUUUCAAAGAAUCCGUUUAGCACAGCAAUAGCACUC